AUGAAUCAGCAAUAUAUUUAUGAUCCACCUCCUUCUCCUCCGCCUAAAGCUACCAUGUUCUUGUCACCUUUAAAAACUCAUUCGCCAUUGCAACUUUCUAAAAAGAAAUUUCAUCGAGUUGAAAAAAUAUAUAAAAAUAACUAUAAUUCUGGCAAAAACAAUUUUAAAAAUUUCCUGUCUAAACCUGAAAAAUCUUUAAAAAAUAUAAAAAAUAAGUCUGACAGACCUGAUAAACUUGAAAAAUAUUCUAAAUGUACAUAUUCAACACUCCUUGAUGAUGGGACAAUAAGUUAUAAGACAGUAUUUUAUAAUAAAGAUGGUUAUGCAAUGAGUAGCACUGCGAAUAUUUGUGAAACAAAUGAUAAUGAAUCUAUUGAAAAUAUACCCAAAAAUGAAAAGACAGAAAUACAAGAAGAUAUUAAUGCAUGGAUAGAAGAAAGAAAAAAAAAAUGGCCUACAGAUAAGAAUAUUGAAAAAAAGAAAGAAGAAAAAUUAAAGGAAUUAAAUAGAAUUAAGGAUUCUUUUGAGGAAAAAAUAAAACUAGAUUUUUUAGAAAAUAAUGAUCAUUUUAAACCAGCUAAUGAUAAUUGCAUAAAAAGUAAUGAAGUUAAAAAGAUAGAAACUCCAGAAUUAUUAUUUGAAAAUAUUAAUAGUCCACUUUCAUAUUUUUUAAAAGAAAAAUCUGAUGAUAAAUCUAAUUAUGGAUUUAAACAUGAUAAUAUAUCCAAGAAAAAGCAUGAGAAACGUUUUACAAAAUCUAAUAGGAAUUGUAUUUGGCGUGUUAGAAAGUCGUUAUAUACAAAGUUGGUUGAAAAAGAAGAACUACAAGAAAAUAUGAUUAUAUUACAAGUUAUUAAGCAUUUAAUAGAAUUUUAUAAUAUAAAAUAG